GUGGGUGCAUAUCCACUUGAACGCACAUGCACAGCCACCCCUUGGUGUAUUCAACACACCAAUGCACGACUGAAAAGUACGCACAUGCAGCGAAUACGAUGUAACCUCUGGACACGUGAUGAGAACGGCUUGUUACGUGUAUCGGGGAAAAAUAAGAUAGCACAGAAGGCGUGACGGCCUUCCCUUCGGCUUCACCUAGCUACAGCCAAUCCAAUCCAUGCCAGGGGUGCGGUGGUUGCUUCACGUGAAGUGGUGUGUACGGGAUGCAAGGCUCAACUCUCUUAGGGUCACGAGCACGACAUGACGUCGUGACAUGUUCUUGGACAUAGAAGAGCAAUUUAGCGCCGACAGCCGUCCAGUCACCGCAUUUACUCAUCAACCCUCGCAGAUGAUCAUCGCAUGGGAUCGUGUGUUUCGCGGUCCUAGUGCCUUGCACCAUUCAGGCAAGCAUCAUGCUUAGAUGAAGUACAAGUAAGGUGUGGUGCGCUGUGUGCCCGGUAGUUUAGUCUGCAGGCAGAAAUGGAGUUUUCGUGCAGCGCCUUACUAUCGCUUAGCGAGUUCGGCGCUGGUGGAAGGAUCAAUACUACAGCGCGAAGAAAGAGUGAGUGAGUCAUGCAUCUUCAUUUCGAAAGAUCGUUGUCGUCUCGUGCCGACUGCUCGGUGCUGUCGCUGACAUGGAUGGGGAAAGUUCCCGACGAACUUCCCGAAGAAGAUGGAUGGAGACUGAACCGAGUUAACUAUUAUCAAGAUGGGUGGCUCGCAUCGGGUAACGAUCGGGGCAUCGUCGGUGUCACGUUUACUACUUGUCACUGCAGGAAGGCUACGGAGAGACCCGUGCGAACAAACUACAACUUACGCGGACAUCGAUCUGAGGUGACAUUAGUGAAAUGGAACGAGCCGUACCAGAAACUGGCGUCAUGUGACAGCAGCGGCAUAAUCUUCGUGUGGAUCAAGUACGAGGGCCGCUGGUCCAUCGAGCUCAUCAACGAUCGCAACACUCAGGUGACAGACUUCGCGUGGAGCCACGACGGCCGAAUGGCGCUCAUCUGCUACCGGGACGGCUUUGUACUCGUCGGCUCGGUCGCAGGGCAGCGCUACUGGUCAUCCAUGCUCAACCUCGACGCGGUCAUCCUCACCGGCAUAUGGGCGCCUGAUGACCAUCAGGUGUUGUUUGGGACGUCCAACGGGCAGAUUUUGGUGAAUGACGUGCACGGCGAAGAAGUUGCCCAGCUGCGUCUGGUCGAAGGAGCGGCCAUCGUGGGUAUGACCUGGUCCUGCGAGAAGUUCAAAAUGGAGGAAACAGACGGAGAGCCUCCCGCAAAUGCCGUCCCUACUCUUAAAGGUGCUGACUCAAAGAUGUACAUCCUGGCAGUAUGCUUCAGUAACGGUGUGAUCCACAUCAUGAAGAACUACGACGACGUUUCUCCGACAAUCAUCAACACGGGUCUCAAAGAUAUCAAAUCGGAAUGGUCGAACAGCGGCGAGGUGUUAGCAGUUGCUGGAGUAACUACGGAGUCGACAGAAUGUUGCUGCCGAAAUACCAUCCAUUUUUACACUAACACAGGUCGACUCAGAUUUGUUGCCACGAUCCCUUAUACACAGAAUCCGGUGACGGCGAUGACGUGGGGCCACAAUGACAAACGACUCUUCGUUGCCACCGGUAGCAUAAUCCACAUUGGGUGGGUGACACGUCGCAUCGCCUCCCUGCAGCUGCUCUCGAGACUGACGUUGCACCGUUCCUUAGCCGACGAAGACGCCGUCCAUCGGCUGCCGCUACCCCGGAGGCUCAGAGCCCUCGUCGCUAGCCUCUUUGGCCAGACUUUUAAGUGCUACCUUCCUGAACCGAAGCGAUUGCGAGACUUUGUGUCCCGACCUCCAUCGCAAAACAUACGUCUCCACUGCACCAUGGUCCGACAUGACACCGAGGAUCUGGUGACAACGGGUAGCGUCACCUACACUCUCUUCCUCGAGUACCUCGGCGGUCUUGUGCCUCUACUGAAAGGAAAGCGCGCCAGCAACCUGCGUCCAGAAUUCGUCAUAUACGACCCUCAGGGACGAAGCGGUAUGUCAAUAGAUACUACGAUCAAGGGACUGCUGAGAGGCAGCAUAACAUCCAGUGGUCUCCUCUUCCCUUCAUCAGAGAGUGAAGGCGAUGACAGCUGUACUUCCUCGCCCCGAAUGACUAGGCGAAACAAAAACGGACUCAAAUCGGGUAGUUCACCGUCACCCUCGCGUCGUAAAGAACUGCUGUACGUGGAUGAGCUCCCAGAACAGGACAAGAUCGUGGCAGUGACUUCUAACCUAUGGGGCACCAAGUUUAAGAUCAUGGGCCUUGUGCCAUGGUUGCCCCCUGUCUUGGGUGUAGUGACAUACAGAACCAGUCUUCUGCAUCUGCAGCCCAGGAGGAUGACAUUAGUCAUUAAGGAGCUUCAAGGUCCACAAUUGUGUGGUGGAGCGAGGAGUCCUACACUUGUCCUGCAUAAUGAAGGCAGCUCUGGCUUAUCAGAAGAUGAAGAUUUCGUGCUUGGGCCAGAAGGUUUGAGCUGCGAGGAAAGCGCCCCGAUUGCUCCUAUGACCCCGAAGAAGGUGCAGCGCUACAACCCACCCGUGUGUUGUGUGAGCGGAACCGUGCAUGCGGAUCCUGGUCGGAGUGACGGGACAGAUGAAGGGAACUCCGAGUGCCCCGGUUGUCCGGCAUCCGAAGAGUAUCUCACCAUCGAGACAACCUCGGAUACCAGCGCACCUGUGCUCUCGCUACGUGCUCUGGGACUCGUCCCACCACAAUGCACAGUGACAUCCGUCGCCACGCAGACCAGCCUCCCGGACACAAGGACAGACUUGUCCAUCUUUAGAGGCCAAGCUUCGGGCAACUCACUUGGCGAUGUCGUCCCAAGUACGUCAGCAGUUCCAUGUGAAUCCGCCCAAGGAACGCCUCGGACAGCCACGACGCGGUGGGCAGAGAAAGCUGGCGAAAUUCGCUUUAUAGAUGAAGAAAAUUUGGUGGAAGCUGCGGUAGCAGACAUUCACCAGUCAUCCGUCCUCCACAUUGGACAUCGAACUCGAGGGAGCGGCCUGCUCCCGCCCAGCAACACCAGUGCCUGUGCCCGUCGGCUGACGCUGCAGAACAUUGAGCGGAUUGCGAAACCGCAAGCCGAGCCAUUAUACGUGUCCGACUCAGCAGAACGUCCACUCAUCUUUGCUGAUGAGAAUCCGUUUGUGUGCACGGCGGAGUGUCCUGAUCGAAACGAGCAUCAGGGAGAUAGUCUCGACAGCUCGCCUGCUGGAAGUCCCAGGCACUGCAGUCCAGUCUGGUUGGGUGUCCACGGCGGCAGUCUUCCUAGGAUCCGUAGCGAAAGGUUGUCGGACGAGUCGUCGGCGCCUCCAUCACCCCCCAUGAGCAGAAGCAACCCAUCGUCCCCGCUCCUGUCCACACGGAAACACCGCCAGAACCAGCUCAAGACCCUAUUGUACAGUCCACUCCUCAUGCGAAGGUCGCGUCGAGCACUCGAGAGUUCAGACGAAGAAGGAAGUUUCAGCUCUGAAGAGAGGAACUCCGACGGAUUCAAAGUGUUGGAGAGUAUGCAAAAGGCGAACAUCAGGAAAAAGCUCAAGAAGCGCCACGGCAGGGUUCACCUUCAGGAGAUGCUCCCUCCACAAAAGCCUCCACCAUUGUACAGAGAGUUUCUCCUUCAUAACAAAGCGCCCAUCUGGAACGAAGUCAGUCAGGUCUACCAGCUCGACUUCGGAGGGAGAGUCACGCAGGAGUCAGCCAAGAAUUUCCAGAUUGAAUUCAAAGGAAAUCAGGUGAUGCAGUUCGGACGCAUUGAUGGCAACGCGUACACUCUGGACUUCCAGUACCCUUUCAGCGCACUCCAAGCAUUUGCUGUCGCUCUUGCAAACGUCACUCAGAGGCUGAAGUAACUGUCUUUUCCAGCAAUAUUCCGCUUCCUCUUAGAGCGCUUUUUAAGCAACAGAGUCGUUUACCGCCUUGUGUGCCACGCCAUUGUUCACAUAGAGCCUAUACAGAAAGUGCUACUUGUCACGGUGGCACUCUUUUGAAAUAAAAAUGCGCAAUGUUUGUUGCUUUCA